AUGAACGAUGAAAAUGAUAAAAUAAAAAAAUAUAUAGGUAGACCUUUGUUUGAGAAUUUGCAUAAAAAAAAACAAAUAAGCUUAUUGUCACAUAAAUUAUUGGACAUAAAUUUAAAAGGAUUUUUCAAUUUAUUUUUAAUAAUAAUAAUUAUAAUAAAUUUCCGAAUUUUGUUAGAAAAUAUUAAAAAAUAUGGUUUCAAUAGUAUUCCAAUACCUAGCCGUUAUUAUAUAAUUAAAAAUUUGCCUAUACUGAUAUGUUUUAUUUGUUUGCAUAUUAGUAUUGUUUUUAGUUGGAUCAUAGAAAGGUAUUUCAUUUUUUGGAUUUGUAAAUAUGUAUUUCCAAAAAGUGAGAAAAUCACCAAAAUAUUUAUAAAAGACAAUUUUAAUAUUGAAAAAACAAGUAAUAAUAAAUUUUCUGAUUCUGAAUUUUCAAAAAAUGGGAAAAUUUUGGAUAAUAUUAUUGAAGAAUCUAUAAACAAUCAUGGAAAUAAUAAAAAUAACGAAAAAAACAAUAAUGUACAUAAAAGAAUAAAAAAAAAUGAUCAAGAUUGUGUAAACAAAUUAGAAGAAAAUGAUAUAGGAACAAACAGCUCUAAUAGUUUAGAUAAAAUCAAUACUGAACAAGCCAAAUUUAGUGAAAACGAUCAAUGUAGAAUAAAUGAAUGGAAAUAUGUUAAUUUUUCUAUUUUUUUAUUAAGAUGUAUUAACAGUAUGUUUAUGCUAAUAUUUCCUUAUAUAAUGGUAAUGUAUUAUGAAACAGAACCGAUAUUAUCAUCAAUAUUAUUAACAAUAUCAAUAGUUUGGUUUUUCAAAACAUAUUCAUUUCAUCAUGUUUGUUAUGAUACUAGAAAAUUAUAUAUUGAAGGAAUAAAUUUAAAUGCAAUAGACGAUUCAUUAGUUGAUAUAAAUUAUAUUAAAAGCUAUCCAUAUUGUUUAAAGUUUAAAAAUUAUUAUACAUAUAUAUUUAUGCCUACUAUGUGUUUUCAAUAUACAUAUCCGAGAACAGAAAAAAUUAAUUGGAGGGUUGUAUUUAAGAAUAUGGCAGAAGCUAUUAUAUUAAUGUUAGUAAUAAAUAUAAUAACAAACGAAUAUAUAUUUAUUAUUAUUGAACAGACUUUUAAAAUGAAAGAAUUCAAAUCACCAAAUUUAACAAUAAAAGCUAUACAUAUUAUUGACAGAAUGUUGAAAAUUUCUAUCCUAACUAUAUAUAUAUGGAUACUUGGAUUUUUUGUUUUAUUUCAUAAUUGGUGUAAUAUAUUAGCAGAAAUUACAAAAUUUGGAGACCGAUUAUUUUAUAAAGAUUGGUGGAAUGCUAGUUCUUUUGGGGAAUAUUGGAGAAAAUGGAAUUUACCAGUUUAUUAUUUUGUUUAUCGUCAUGUUAAUAGACCUUUAAUUUAUUAUGGGGUUAGUAGAAAACUUUCGAUGAUUAUUAUUUUUAUUAUUUCGGCACUAUUACAUGAGUAUUUAGUUACAAUUCCAUUAAAGAUUAAAUUUUCUGGAUAUAUAUUUUUUUUUUUUGCUGGACAAAUCCCAUUAAUGCAUUUAACAAAUAGUGAUUAUUUUAAAAAACACAAAAAUAUAGGAAAUAUAUUUUUUUGGAUUGUUUUUUGUAUUAUUGGUCAGCCUCUUAUACUUUUCAUAUAUUAUUAUUUGUGGGCUCACAAGAAAUUCGCCCUAUCUUGA